GCUUUGCAGCUCAGACAGUUCGACUCGGCUGUCGGCACCUCUCCCGGUUUAAACAGAGCUCCAGCAGUCUCAGUCAGAACCUCAGGGAACAGAAGCAUCCCAGAGGCGGGUCCGGGCUCGGUUCGGCUCAGCGGGCCGCUCUGAGUCCAUGGCCUGGGCUGGCGCUAGAUCGGCUGAACGCUCCGAGAUGCUCCGAGAUCUCCGCCGCUGCUCAACAACACCGACCCGGAGACUCAGCUAUGAUUCUCAGACGCAGAACCAGGAUGCUGCGAUGGCUGAUGGGAGGACGGUUGGGUCCAGUUUGGAUGUGGAAAGCUCUGUUUCUCUUUGUAGCCAUUGCUUUUGCUGGACAGCUGCUGGGACUAAUCUUCAACAGAAGCAGUGUCCAGCCAGCUCCCCAGUCCAUCUUCUCCUCCCCUGAUGCUCAGGGCCCAUCUCUGGGCUCCUGCCAGCCCCACACUCACAUCAUGUUCCUUAAGACUCACAAGACUGCCAGCAGCACUGUGCUCAACAUGCUGUACCGCUUCGGAGAGGAGCAUGGCCUCCACUUUGCCCUUCCACUGGGAUACCAGCUGGGCUACCCGCUGCCCUUCAACGCUCACAGGGUCAAAGGUUACCGAGGUCCCAGAGCCAUUGAGUUCCAUAUCAUGGGCAACCACAUGAGGUUUAAUAAGCCAGAGGUGGAGAAGGUGAUGCCUGCAGACACCUUCUACUUCUCCAUCGUCAGGGACCCGGUGGCUCUGGCCGAAUCCUCCUUUGCUUACUACAAGGAAGUAGCUCCUGCCUUCCGGAAAGCCAAAGGGUUGGGAGACUUUGCCGAAGACCCUAAGAGAUACUAUGACCCUCGUCUCCGCAACAAUCACUACGCCCGUAACCUGCUGUGGUUUGACUUUGGCCUCGACCACAAUGCUAAUUUCUCUUUGGCUUUGGCUCAGAGGGGUGAGGCCUUGGUCCGACGGACCUUUAAACUGAUUCUGGUGUCCGAGUACUUUGACCAGUCCAUGAUUCUCCUGAGACACGCUCUCUGUUGGCCUCUAGACGCGGUAGUCUCCUUCAGCCUGAACGCUCGACAGCAGAGGCCCAGUGGCGGAAUGGGUGGGAGCUGGGUGGGGAAAGCGGCGGCUGGGAUUAAAGGUGGCAAUUCACAAGCAAAGAUUCCUCCAAACCUGUCUCUAACAGAGGAUCAACGAGAAAAGCUGAGACAGUGGAAUGCCUUAGACUGGUACCUCUACAAGGCCUUCAACAGGACCUUCUGGGAAGAAAUCGACAGGUUUGGUCGGAGCCAGAUGGAGCAGGAGGUCAGUCUUCUCCGAAUGCGGAGGGAAGACCUGGCCCGGGUUUGUCUCAGAGAUGGUGGGAAGCCUGUAGAGGCAUACCGCAUCCGGGACAAAAACAUCCGGCCUUUCCAGAGCGGUUUAGUGAAAAUUCUUGGGUACGAGCUCCAGCCUGGACUAGACAAUGCUACUCGGAUGUCCUGCAUGAGGAUGAUCAGACCUGAGAUCCAGUACAAAGACUUGUUGGAUUCCAAACAGUUUCCUCAGGCUGCUGCGAUCCAGGUGAAGCCCAUCCAGCAGAGUGAGAUCCUGAUGGCAGUAGGCGGUGAAAUGUUCUUAAGGCCAGAUUCCUCCUGGAAGCGUGAAAAGGUGGUGAGCAGAGAGAGUGGGGGGAGGACUCUGGAGGAGGGGUUGAAAGACUGGGAUGGUAGUCCUUUACUGAAGAGGAACCAGACGUUGGUUCGAGUGCAUGAGAAGUUUAGAUAGUGUGUCGGUGAGGGGUUGAAGUGAUGGGUUUGUAAAUGGUUCUUUUACCACUUUGCUUGUUUUUGAGGUACUGUAGCUGGUGUAGUCCUGGAAUGUUUUUGUAGCUGAUGCUGGAACUUUGUUUUUAUAAGACCUCUAAAUGUUGGACACAGCCUUGAUAUGUGUAUGUGAACGCAGCCACAACAUGGUGUAAAUGUGAGGAAGUCAUCAGCCACAGCAUUAAAACCACUUUUGUACAAACUCGUUACCUGUCAGGGAAAUUGUCUUCUGCCAGGUGGGUUCUGGCAUAAAUUACUAUACUGAGAAUAUAGUUCAACAUAAAAGUCCACAUCCGGAUUUGGCUCUAAAGGGGAAGCUAACCUGUUGAGCUGGUUCCCGAUUCCUGUUAGUCAAAUUCUGCUGAAGUACCGACAGGUAACUAAAACCCCUACGUAGGGCUCUGCAAACAGUUUUCAUAUGAAAUCACAACAAAUCUGGAUGGAGACACAAAUCCUCUGUAGACUCUCAGAAUAAAGAAGCAGUCCA